AUGGACAACAGGGAGCUUCAGACAGAACAUUGUCUCAGCUCAAGCUCCUCCAUGGACUCUGAGUACCAAUCAGAUCUCUGCUUCCCAGAGCUAGGCAACAUCUCCUGCAGGAAGCACACGUCUGACGGGUCUCCGGGUUUUCUUUUCAGAUUCUUCCUGUCCGUGGCCUGCGUCCUCAGUGUGCUGCUCAACCUGCUCGUCAUCAUCUCAAUCUCCCACUUCAGGCACAUUUUGCACUUUUGCUCUGAACCCAGGAUUGGCUGCCUACUCCUCGUCGCCUGGAAAGUGUAUUUAAUAACAUGCUGUUUGCGUUAUCAAUUGUUCUAUGUGUGUGUGUUCCUUUUUUGCAGGCAGCUCUACACCCCCACCAACCUCCUCCUCCUCUCCCUCGCCAUCUCUGACGUCCUGGUGGGCUUGGCGGGGAUGCCACUUAUUAUCAUCGUGAGCACAUCCUGCUGGUUUUUUGGUCACAUGGCAUGUAGUCUGUGGAAUUACCUGAUUUUCAUUUGUCAGUCUGCCUCAGUAGGAAACAUGGUGCUGAUAUCAGCCGACCGUUUCCUGGGUAUUUGCUAUCCUCUGCAUUAUACUGUCCAGGUCACUGUGAAAAAAAUUCAACUCUGUGUUUGUCUCUGUUGGACAGCUUCCGUUAUCCACUGCGGUAUCAUUUUGAAGGACAAUUUUGUUCAUGCCGAAAUGUAUACCGCUUGCCUUGGAGAAUGCGUGAUCGGUUUCGAUUUUAUCGGAGGCAUUCUGGACAUCAUUGUCAACUUCUUGCUUCCUCUAAGCAUUAUUGUCACGCUGAACAUGAGAGUGUUUACGGUUGUUGUAUAUCAGGUGAGAGCCGCGCGUUCUCACAUUAAAUGUGUUCAGUUAAAACAUUCUGCCCCUUUCAGAGCAAAGAAAUCGGAGCUGAAGGCUGCCAAAACCCUGGGUGUUCUCGUUCUGGUCUUUCUGCUGUGUUUCUGUCCAUUCUACAUCGUCGUUCUGCUGUCUUAUAAUGUCAAUGUGAAUUCAGUUUUGAAGUAUUUCUAUUAUUUGUAUAAUUUGAACUCAUUUUUGAACCCCUGGAUAUAUGUCGCCUUCUACCCAUGGUUUAGAAGAGCUAUGAAGCACAUUGUCACUUUGCACAUAUUGCAGCCUGGCUCCUGUGACACCGACAUAUUGAAAACUAAACGUGCUCACAUUUGAUACAUUGAAAUGCCAUUGCUUCGUGUGGCAUUCCGGCCACAUUCCCGAUACCCUUUUCGGUUUGCCCUUGCCAAUUUUUGCUUUGGUAUGUACUUAGUGCAGCACUUCAUGUAUUGUGGAAAAGAAAUAUGUUUCAGUUUGCACCUGCUCUCCCGCCUCGCCUCCCCGUUGCCAGCAAGGACCCGUCACGUCUGACUUGUCCCGACCAAGCUGUUACAUCCACACGCUCCACUGUUUUGUACCUCUACCAUGUAUACAAUAUUAGGCUGAAAAGAAAUCAGUAAAAAUCUUUUAUAAAAUCUGGAAAAGCAUAAUUCACUCUGAUAUGAAUGUUUGUUACAAUCAAGAUAAACGUGGUAUGU